UGUCACGCAACAAACCGACUCCGGUACGCGCUGGCUUGUCAAUCUCAUUUCGCCGUCGUGCUUUUUUCAAUUCUCUUUCUCCCACUCAGGGUGACAAUGACAGACUUGUGAUGUAAGGAGCGCACCUGGCCAGCCACUUCCCUGCCCCCCUCUCAUUUUGUGAGAGGCAUGCGAGCGCCUUCGGACGAACUUUUAUGGUGUGGAUACUGAAGGCAUAGGUUCGAGGGGGGUACUCCCUUGUCACAUAUCACGGAGGCGGUGUGCUGAACUGUUGAGAAAACUGCUCAGUUCAGGAGAGAAUUCAGACCUGGCGUGCUCGUAAAACUCCGAGCAUACUUCUGGAACGGUUCUGGAAGCAAGGUGCUUGUUUACAGCUCGUGGGCCUGAGAACUAACUGGCGCUGACGUUACGCUCUGCACGUUGCAGCAACCAUGUUCAAGUUUGACAACAGACGACCUUUCAGUGAUAUUCUGCCGUCGUUUAAUCACUUCGGCGCAAACAACGGCACCCAACACACCAACGGGUCUCCCGUCUCCACCAACGGAACCGAGUUGCUGAACAUGGACACAAACGCCUUGCAGCAGCAACAGCAGCACCAGCCGCAGCCACAGCAGCAAUCGGUUGGACACAACGGCCACGUGUCGCCGGGGAUGCUGGUGCAGGCGGACUCCAACGGCUACGGGAUCCCGACCACCCCGCACCGCGUGCUGGAGAAGAGCGGGCCGCCGGCCGCUCCAGGCCUGAUAGACACCGGCUCGACCGACCGACACCAACCGCGGAUGACCGAGUUGUGCACCGUCGGCGCAUCCUCAGCCGGGUCGAGAGCCAUGGUGGACAUCGUCAUGGAUGACGUCGAGGUCAAAGGUCGAAAGAUCAGCCGGAGUGAUGUUAAUGGCGAGACCAAUGUGGAGAACGGUAACACCAGCGCGACCGAGGAAAACUCGUCGGAAAAUGAGUCGAGCAAGAAGAGACGGCAGCGCCGACAGAGGACGCAUUUCACCAGCCAGCAGCUGCAGGAGCUGGAGGGGAACUUCGCCCGGAACCGCUACCCGGACAUGUCCACGCGGGAAGAGAUCGCGGCCUGGACCAACCUGACUGAAUCACGCGUCCGGGUGUGGUUCAAGAACCGGCGAGCCAAGUGGAGGAAGCGAGAGCGGAACCAGCUGAAUGAACUCAAGAACGGCUUUGGCUCUCAGUUCAACGGUCUGAUGCAGCCCUUCGAUGACGGCUUGUACUCCGGCUACUCCUACAACAAUUGGGCCGCCAAGUCGGCCAAUCCCCUGGGGUCCAAGGGCUUCCCCUGGUCACUGAACACUGUGAAUCCGCUGGCCGGGGUCUCCAACCAGCCCAUGUGCUUCAACCCGCAGACCACCAUGAGCUCCGGCUUUCCCUCAUCCAACGUCAACGGCGUCAUGAGCCACCAGAACCUGAACAAUUCGGCCGGUGCUGCCGCGGCGGCCUGUCCGUACGCCUCGGUGCCGGCGUCAUCCUACAUGUACAGGGAACCUUGCUCCAGCAGUAUUGCCACGCUUCGCCUUAAAGCCAAACAGCAUUCCGGGAUGGGAACAUUUAGUUAUCCUGUCCGUCAAAGUCCAACAUUAUCAGCUUGUCAAUACGCAGGGCUUAAUGGCCCAGCAUAAACACCUUCUUUUGUACAUUGAUAGUUUAGUAUAAAAUAAAAUAGGUUGAUGUAAUAUAAAUAUGACGUAUUCCUUUUUUGUUCAAUGGUAUAAAUCUAGAAUAAUGUAGCUUUAUCUUACAAUCGUAUUCCAAAUCACAUUUUUGAAGAAAAAAUGGAAUGUUGUGACUUUUCACGAGUUUGCCAGUCAUUGAGAGUAAAUGCCUUACAUUUUGGCAAAAGAGACUGACAGAAACGUCUUUAAUCAAUUUGGAAGUUCUAUUUUUAAUAUUUUGUUAUGUAAUAAUUUUAGAGAAGUGUGAGAUUGGAUGCACAUAGAAACGGAAGAGCGAGAGUGCGUAAUUACGAAUAUCGGCAGUGAGAGUGUUUAGGUGUCGACCCUAGGGAUACUGCAAAUAUCGAUAAGAAAUACUGAACCCACAGGGGAAGUACACAUGAUGAAACUGAGUUUCGGAAACUGGAAUUUAGAAACAGGAUUUUCUCCAGAAUGAAGAUUCGGUUGAAUUGAUCGAUUAAAUGGUGGAAUGAUCAAAAGCCCACUGUGGCUUUUUUUCACUUACUCAAACUUUGAAAAGGAGAUGUUUAGUUUUGUUGGGAUAACAAAUAUCAAUGACACCUGAGAAUCCAGGACAUUGUCAUACGGUCGGGACAGUUCUUGGACUAAUUUUAUCGCCACCCAGUAAUGUCUUUGGGAAAGCUUACAAUGUAAUCCCUUGCAACAAGCAGGAUAAAAUUUGCAUGAUAGUCGAAGAGCCGGGUAUACAAGCAUCUGCGCAGUGCAACAUGUCCGUUUUAAUGAGUGGCCUUGCCUCGCGCCCAACCGGUCCAGUCCUCGUUUCUGAUUGGCUGCGAUGCCCGCCGGCUACGUUCGCCUGAUGAGCUCUGAUUGGACGAUCGGCGUUGCGAGGUGGCGCUCACAAAUUGAGGAAGACACGUUUACGUGUGCAAAGAAAGACGGACUCUUCACCUCUCAUUUAUAUUCCCGUCGCCUCCGAAAGACAAAAGUGUCAAUUGUGACAAAUCCAUAAAUCCUGGCUCUUGCGCCGUGACUCAGUAUCUCUUUAUUUGAAAUUGAAGCAUUCUGGUUUUUUUUUUUCUUGAGGAACUGUUCCGGUAAUUAACCAAGAAUUACAGUAAUGAAUGGGGUGCGAAAAAAAAUCCUGCAUUCAAAAACUAAUUUCUUGACAGAAGGUGAAGCCGGGGGUUACCUUAAAGCGGAUUAUGGACAAAAUGGUCACUUUCACAAAUCAGAAUUCACAAGUGUACUAAUGUAUUUUUUAAAAUCCGGUCCGUGGCGUGCACAUUAUUAUAAUCUAUCGUUAUUUUCUGUUUAUCCUUUUUGCCCGUCUUUGCGAGGCUAGUUUAUAAUCCCAGUGUACCAAACAGCGGUACAUUGAAUUCAAUUAUGACAACAGUGGUAAUGUUUUGUUGUUGUUUUUUGGCACAAGUACUACGCACGUUUAUUACAAACCUGUGACAUAUUUAAAAGAAAAUAGGCGUUAUCGUAUACAGUGAUUUAAAUUGGACGAGAAAAAUCUAUCCUUGUGUGGCGUUGUGUUUUGGCGCUUUUGUCCCACUGUUGGUGAAUCAGUGAUGCUUUCAACUGAGACAGUUUUGAUAAAUGUUACUAUUUGAUCGAAAAAAAAGUUUGGCUGCUCAUGUUCUGGAUUUCAUUCACAUUAUGUUUGCGUUUGGAUUAUGUAUUCAUUGUUCAGCGUGAUUUCUCCAUGGAGGCAUCCCGACUUUUCAAAUGCUCAAUUUUUGUGCAAGGGAUACGCUUAGGGGAAUUUUGUAAAGCGUUCAUUGUUUGUUUUUAUGGCAUUUCGGAUCGAAAGAGAGUUUAUGUUAUCCACAACCUUUUUCCUCUCUACCUCUGAAAAAAGGAGUUAAUUCAAUGUGGGUGGGAUAGUGCAUUUGUGGUGGUUGGUUACAAAAUGCAUGUUUUGAUGUUUCUUCAUGCAUUCAAUGUUGCUAUGCGCAACGGUGCUUUGAUGGAAAUUUUACUUUGAUUUCAUUCUCUGCAUGUAAAAACAACCAAGUCUCUACUCCUCGAGGAUUGGUCCAUGUGCCAGCUUGCGCUCACCCUUAUUGGCUUUCGUUGCUUGGUUUUCCAAAUUGUCAAUUAUCCGGAUUAUGUUUCUGUCGUAAGUCGGUCUUUGAAAGUUAAAUACCGGCACUGUAUUCCGUUGUUUCCUAUCAGUGUUUCUAGUUUGGAGUUUGUUCUCAAUUAUUGGACAUGUUUAUUUAUUUAUUUGCCUCUAUGUACAGAAUAUUCAUUCACUUAUACCUUCGGAUCUCCUCACGUAGAUCUUAAUCCGAUCAUGGUAUGUUUGUCUCGAGUGAACAGUCUAAAACACAUUGUUUGUCUCGUUUGGAUAUUUUUUAUUUAAAUCUGGUUUUGUGAGGGAAUUUUUUUCUAAUCAGACUUGUGAAAUAUGAUGAAAUGAAAUAAAAGAUACCGGAACAGAGAAAUCUUACCCUUAGUCGGUGUUAUCCACGGGUCAGUAGCUGCCACAUUUCCACGAAAGAGAAGUGGCGAUAGGCAGCAACCGCAGACGGUACAACUUUUCAAAGAGAUGUGUUUUUGUCCAAUUACCGAAAAAUUAACGUCUGAAAUAUUCUGUUCUUGGUUGAAACUUCUAAAAAUUAAUAUGGCUGUCUGUUCCUCUCGUUGACCAUAUUCAUAUGACAUGAAAGAUCCAUUCGGCUUUUUCUUUGUUUUGCUAUUUUGUUUUGUAGGGUUGUUUGUUUGUUUGUUUGUUUAUUUGUUUGUUUUUGACACUGACCAAUGAGUUACCAAUGCCUUUCAAUGAUUUUGUGCAGAUGGUUGUUAAAAGGGAUUAUCUUAAUUUUACUUCUCCGGUAUAUGCCCCGAAUCCUAUUUUAAAGAAUACCUAAUUUGUUGACUAAAUGUGUGACCAAAAACA